CGCGUUGGUAGCAGAAACCCUCCCUUUCAUCUAUAACCCGAUUCUUCUCUCUCUCCUUCACGUUUCCUCCCUUCACUCUCGCGGUUUCGCCACCGAUCGCCAGUCGUCGACUGCAGUUUCCGUCGGUUGACGAAGCACCUUGCGCACUCUUUCGCUUUGGGCCCUGCAGUCUCUUCGUCGCUUCGCAGAAGCUCCGGUCGUCGACGCCCUUGCAGCAGCGUCGACCGCCCGCCGUGCGCCGUAGUCUCAAUCCUGUCCUCCGCCCGCAGCCCACCGCUCACCGCCCGCCUCCCGCCAUCGUCUACGAAGUUCGAAGUAGCCUCCGGAUACACUGCAAUCCUCUCUCCCUCGAACCGUUUUAUUCAUUGUCAGUCUCCGUUCACUUUGAACGGUAACAGCAACAGUCUUUCGUCUUCUUUCCCCGUUCGUGCGCACAGUACUUCUCCCUUCUUUUUAGCCGGUGAAUUAUAAGAAGAGGUCGCUAAAAUAAUGAAGUGUUGGCUGUAGCUUUAUUCAACUGAUAACCUAUCGUUAUAUGCUGGUUUUAGUGGAUGUGGUGGUCCUUUUAUUCCAUGUAAUGGAAGAGGGCUAGAGGGAGGGCGGUAAACGAGCCGAGCCGAGUUUUGGGGUGUUCAAGCUUGUUUAAUAAGGAUGGAAAACAGUCAACCUUUACUUAAUCAGGCACCUGCUACUAUGGAUACUUCAACUCAUGUUCCAGCUGAACACAUUCUAACAAAUUCAGAUAGUGUGCUUGGUGUCGAAAACUCUGGUCCUGUUUCUGAAGUUCAUGCAUUGACGAAUUCUUCUAUUACUGAUGGUGGUAACUCCUACGAAAACAAUCCAAGUUUGAUGCCAGAAGAUGUUCCAGUUGGUCUGUUAAAUGAAGCCAAAGUUGACUCUACAACUGAUGCACUCACUGAAAGCACUUUCAGCAAUGAAAACAAGACAGAUGCUUCAAUGCAUACUGUUGGUUGUGGUUCAGUUAAUGUAAGCAUCAAUGAAAUGGUAAAUUAUCAAACUGUUGGAGCAGUUGAGAAUGGAGUUAUGUCGGGUGACACUGGUGGAGGUGCCAUUGAGCUGUAUGGAGAUGUGGUGUAUUCGGCUGAGGAAGAAAGGUUAUGGGAUUUGGUUCAAGUGAAUUGUUUAGAUUUCAAUGCAUGGACAUUACUUAUUGAGGAAACAGAGAAAGUUGCUGAGAAUGACGUUGUCAAAAUUCGGAAAGUUUAUGAUGCAUUCUUAGCUGAGUUUCCCCUAUGUUAUGGAUACUGGAAGAAAUAUGCUGAUCAUGAGGGGCGUUUGGACAGUGUCAACAAAGUUGUGGAGGUCUAUGAACGAGCUGUUUUAGCAGUCACCUACUCUGUUGAAAUUUGGCUGCAUUAUUGUGCUUUUGCAAUUUCGACAUAUGAAGAUCCUGAUAUUAUCCGAAGGCUGUUUGAACGUGGACUGGCAUAUGUUGGCACAGAUUAUCUGUCAUACCAGUUGUGGGAUGAGUACAUUAGAUAUGAGGAGUCUCAUCAAGCAUGGAGUAAUCUAGCCAUGAUUUAUACCAGAAUUUUGGAGAAUCCAAUUCAGCAACUAGAUCGCUAUUUUAACUGCUUCAAAGAGUUGGCAACUGCUCACCCUCUGUCUGAAAUACGCAUGGCUGAGGAAGCUGGUAUGGUGAUUUCUACUUUGGAGACUGGCUUGGAAUCUCUUCAUGGUGAAGUUCAUGAUGGUGUAGUAGAACAAUCUUCUAUACCUGUAAGUGCAGGUUUAACAGAAGCUGAGGAGUUGAAGAAGUAUAUUGAUAUUAGGGAAGAGAUCUAUAAGAAAGCUAAAGAGUUCGAUUCUAAGAUCAUUGGUUUUGAAACAGCUGUCAGAAGGCCAUACUUCCAUGUCAGAUCUCUCGAUGAUAUAGAGCUUGAAAACUGGCACAAUUAUCUCGACUUUAUCGAAAGAGGAGAUGAUUUCAACAAGGUUGUUAAGUUGUAUGAAAGAUGUUUAAUCGCUUGUGCGAAUUAUCCGGAGUUCUGGAUCCGUUAUGUUCUAUGCAUGGAAGCAAGUGGAAGCAUGGAACUCGCCUAUAAUGCUCUUGCCAGAGCAACUCAAGUCUUUGUGAAGAAACAACCUGAGAUUCACCUCUUUGCUGCUAGAUUCAAGGAAUUAUGUGCAGAUGUUGAUGGAGCUCGCACAACAUACCAGUUUCUUUAUUCAAAAGUUUCUCCUGGUUUGUUGGAGGCUAUCGUGAAAUAUGCAAAUAUGGAAUAUCGAUUGGGUGAGAAAGAAGCUGCUUUUUCUAUUUAUGAGAGUGCUAUAAAUGCUGAACGGGAGAAAGAGCAUUCACAACUUCUGCAAUGGUUGCUUAUUCAAUACACACGCUUUCUUUAUUUGGUUGUUGGUGAUGCAGAAAAAGCAAGGGAACUUUUAUCUAGACAUCUUGAAAAUUUGCAACUAUCACGACCAAUUCUUGAGGCAGUUAUCCACUUAGAGUCAAUGCAAUCAUCACCAAAGCGUGUUGAUUACUUGGAUUCAUUGGUGGAGAAAUUUAUUUCUCCAAAUCUUGGUAAUGCUAACGUGGCUAGUGCCAUUGACAGAGAAGAGAUAUCAUGCAUCUUUCUAGAGUUUUUGGAUCUCUUUGGAGAUGCACAGUCAAUCAAAAAAGCCUCCAAUCGGCAUGCUUUACUUUUUUUGCGUCAAAAGGGCUUGAUGAUUUCAAAAAAAAGGCACGCUGAAGAUUUUCUUGCCUCAGACAAUGCUAAGAUGGUGAAGAACUUCCAUGAACCAGGUCUGUCAAUGUUGGGGGCCUAUCCAAAUGCUCAAAGUCAGUGGCCAGCUAGUUACGGACAAGCAACUCCUGCUUGGCCAACGGCCACCCAGCCACAGACCCAAUGGAAUCCUGGAUAUGCAUCACAUUUUGUCUCACAAGGAUUGAAAUUCCAGCCUGGAUAUGCUGCAUAUGGAAGUUUUGCUAAUUCUGGCCAGCCACAAGUUGCUACAUCAGCUACCCCGAGCACUGCAUACGGUGUUUAUCCAGCAACAUACCAAGUGGAGGCUUAUCCUCAACCUGGUUAUGGACAGCCAUCAGCAGCAGCAGUAGCACCAGGAUUUCCUCAACCAGUAGCAGCUCCACAGCCAUAUUAUGGCAGCUAUUGAUGAUAUUGUAUUUUAUUUGAGGCUUCUAUUUAGUCGGCAAGGCUAGGCCUAUUUCUGCCUUCUGUUGCUGCCAUGAAGCAUUUGGAGCUUGAUUGUUAUGUGGAAAUCACACUUGGUUUUAGGCAGGCCGGGUGGAAGCAGUAAGAAUUAAGCACUCUGUUCCUUGUCGAUCUUGCUGAUUCUGUUUCAAUCUUCUAUGCUUCGUCCAUCCUGGAAACUAAUCUUCUUUGUGGCUGUAGAGUAGUCAGUUUCUUUUGUGGAACGACACUAAACCUGUAGAUAGUAAUUUUUGUUGAAUGUUGACGAGCAGUCUACAUUACAAACUCUCAAUAUUAAUGGAGUAUAAUCUACCAAAUUUAACUUUCUUUUC